AUGAGACGGGCAAAAAUCGAGAGCUCGAAGGAGAAGCCAAUCGAACAAACGCGUUGUAGUACAAUCGACUUUCGCAAGACUUGGCAAUAUGCAAACUCCCGUUUACCACCGCAUGUGCCUCCGAUGAAGAUGUACAUGGCGACCUGGCAGAUUGUUUGCAUGGCGGCACAGGGGAGCUUGGACGUAUAUCGACGACCACAGAAGGAGGAGAAGGAGGACUAUGUCAAGGCGGAUUGGAGACAAGGCACAAAAGCCAUGGUCAUAAACAGCAGGCCUGUCGACGAUCGGAAUCUCAUCGUCAUCGCGAUUCGAGGGAGUCGAUGGAACAUCAUCGACUGGGCUGUGAAUUUCCGGCCUGCUCCAUCCGAGCCCAUCGGCUUCCUGGAUGACGAAGGCAAUGCCUGCCACGCAGGUUUCCUGCAGGUCGCACGAGCCAUGGUCGCUCCCAUCGCCGCCCGACUACGGAACAUGCUCGAGCAGAACCCAUCCCGCGCUUCGAGCUCUCUUCUCUUCACAGGCCACUCCGCUGGAGGAGCCGUCGCCAGUCUAUUGUACAUGCACAUGAUGGCAACGACCUUCGAGUCUGAGUUGAAUCUCUUGACGGGUUGCUUCAAGCGAGUCCAUUGCGUGACGUUUGGAACUCCACCUCUCACAUUUUUACCUCUGCACAACCCACCUGGCAAGAAGUACGAACGGAAUGUAUUUCUGAGCUUCGCAAACGAAGGUGAUCCAGUCGUACGAGCAGACCGUCAGUACCUCAGUACUCUCACGCGAAUCAUUGCCGCGCCUUCACCUCUCAGUGAUGCGAGUCUGAAGCAACGAAUGAAGCAGGGCAACACCUCGGCCGCCGAUCUCAAGCCGUUGAAAUGGGAAGUGCCACCUGCAACGUUGUCGAAUGCCGGGAGGAUGGUGCUGUUGAGAGAGCGGCCUGGCAAGAAGGGCACUGUGGAGGCAGUGCAGGUCACGGAUGAGCAGUUGAGGGAAGUGAUUUUCGGCGAUCCGGAGAUGCAUCACAUGGACUUGUAUAAGCGCAGGAUCGAUGAGCUGGCUAUUGCUGCUGUCACGGGCGCUAAAGUUAGCUGA